UUCAGGCUUCCUUAAGCCAGACUUAAUAUUGAUAGAAUGAAAAAGUUUAAGAGGAGACUUUCCUUAACCUUGCGUGGAAGCCAGACCAUUGAUGAAUCGCUGUCUGAGCUAGCAGAACAAAUGACAAUUGAAGAAAACAGCAGCAAAGAUAAUGAGCCUAUUGUGAAGAAUGGCAGGCCUCCAACGUCUCACAGCAUGCACUCAUUUCUCCACCAAUACACAGGAUCUUUCAAGAAGCCCCCUUUACGGAGACCACAUAGCGUCAUAGGGGGCAGUCUCGGCUCUUUCAUGGCAAUGCCCAGAAAUGGGAGCAGAUUAGAUAUUGUUCAUGAAAACCUGAAAAUGGGGUCAGAUGGUGAAAGCGACCAAGCUUCUGGAACGUCAUCUGAUGAAGUUCAGUCUCCCACAGGUGUUUGUCUCAGAAACCGGAUACACAGACGAAUCUCAAUGGAGGAUUUGAACAAGCGUUUGUCCCUGCCUGCUGACAUCAGGAUACCUGAUGGCUAUCUCGAAAAGCUGCAGAUUAACAGCCCGCCCUUUGAUCAGCCAAUGAGUCGACGUUCUCGUAGAGCAUCGCUAUCAGAAAUUGGAUUUGGAAAAAUGGAAACCUAUAUCAAGCUAGAAAAGCUUGGAGAGGGUACUUACGCAACAGUUUAUAAGGGGAGAAGUAAAUUGACAGAGAACCUGGUAGCUCUGAAAGAAAUCCGCCUGGAACAUGAAGAGGGAGCACCAUGCACAGCCAUAAGAGAAGUGUCAUUAUUAAAAGAUCUGAAGCAUGCAAAUAUUGUUACAUUACAUGAUAUUGUGCACACAGACAAGUCUUUGACUCUUGUUUUCGAAUAUCUGGACAAGGAUCUGAAGCAGUACAUGGAUGACUGUGGUAACAUCAUGAGUAUGCACAAUGUAAAGCUAUUUUUAUACCAGAUUCUUCGUGGUUUGGCAUACUGUCAUAGGAGAAAGGUAUUACAUCGAGAUCUGAAGCCACAAAAUCUACUAAUCAAUGAGAAAGGAGAACUGAAGCUUGCAGACUUCGGAUUGGCUAGAGCGAAGUCUGUUCCUACAAAGACCUAUUCCAAUGAAGUUGUCACGUUAUGGUACAGACCACCUGAUGUUCUCCUUGGAUCUUCAGAGUAUUCAACUCAAAUUGACAUGUGGGGCGUUGGAUGCAUAUUUUUUGAAAUGGCAUCAGGAAGGCCUCUUUUUCCUGGUUCGACUGUUGAAGAUGAACUGCACUUAAUUUUCAGACUUCUGGGAACCCCAUGUCAAGAAACAUGGCCAGGCAUUUCUUCCAGUGAUGAAUUUAGAAACUACAACUUUCCUAAGUAUAAACCACAACCCCUCAUCAACCAUGCACCAAGGCUAGACACGGAAGGAAUUGAAUUGAUAGCGAAGUUCCUUCAAUAUGAAUCGAAGAAGAGAAUUUCAGCAGAAGAGGCCAUGAAACAUGCGUACUUCAGAAGUCUUGGAACAAGAAUACACACUUUGCCUGAAAGUGUUUCAAUAUUCAGUCUAAAAGAGAUUCAGCUGCAAAAAGACCCUGGUUUUCGAAAUUCCACUUACCCAGAGACAGGACAUGGGAAGAACAGAAGGCAGAGCAUGCUUUUUUAAAGUGGGCGAUGCAGAGUCAAGCCCAAGCCUAUCCUAUCAAUCAAGGACUCGGAUCUGAAGGCGGUGCUCUCUGUUGGUGGACUUGGAAUCGCAGUUUGUCUACACUGUCCUCUUCACAGUGGAGUCUUUUUAUUUCCAACCUGCAGAUUAUGUUUUUAUAUUUGUUGUCACAGUGUGACAAUUUUUUGUACAGUUGGUUUUAAGGUCUCCUCUGCCACUAGAGCCAGUAGGUUACAGCUGUUGAUGUAACUGUAGCUGCAAUUUUUGUGCAGGACUGAGAAACACAGUGCAUUAUUUAUUGCGGAAUCAUUGCUGCUAAAUAACUACUGUCUGUAUAGUUAACACAACAGUUCCAUGCCUGAAGAAGUUGCAAUGGCUUUAUAAUAUGUGAAUGCAUCUGUUUCUCUUCAUAAAAUGUUCUACUGCUGCGGGGUUUUUUUGUAUUUCUUAAACUGCAGUGUUUCCUGGAAUGUAAACAUAGCUUUGCUUGGCUAUAGGUGAACCAUCUUUAAUGCUCUAAGUUCAUGGCACUUAAUUCCUUAUUUAACAUUGGAAAUAUGUGUUGAAGUAGUUGAAAAAUUAUAAUGCAUAUUAUGUUUUUGAAAAGCACAUGGUGUGAAAGUUGAUUCAAACAAGUGAACAGUAACUAUUCUUUGCUCUCAGAUCCUACAUUAGUUAUCGAUAAAUUAGAGCAUGGAGACUGGAUGAUAAAUUUUGUCAGGCUUACUCCAGCAUAAGAUAUUUGCACGUUGUUGUGCAUACGAGGCCUGCAGAAGCAAUGACUUUUUUACCUUGUUUUUAACGUAGAAAUACAAAUAGUGAAAAGACGAUUCAUAUACGUUGGACCCUGGCUUACUUUUGAAAUUUAGAAUUUCAUUACAGAGGAACAGGGCAUUACAAGAUUACAAGAACAUGGGAAUAAUGUCACACUUUUCCCACCUUGUUGCUCUCCCAUUUGUGCAUUAUUCACUUGAAAUCAACUGGAAAGAUGCAAGUUUGUACUUGAUAAGAACUCACUAUACUACAGAGCUUUUACAAUGGGAACUUAGAGAGUUUUUCAGAUCUUAGAUGUUAUCUGUUUACCAGAGAUAGUAAACAUGUUAUUACUAUGCUUAUGCAUCUCAGUGAGUAUCAUAAGUACACCCUUGGUGAUGGUUACAGUAUUUUUAAGCAUUUGUGUUCACCUUUAUGAACCUAUUUGUUUAGUGCAUCUUAAAGAGACUGUAAAUCUUUAUUGGUAUAUUUUGAAAUGGUCAUGUAAAUCUUUGGCUGGUAUAUCAUGAAAAUAGUCAUAGGUAACUUAAUUUUUCCUGACAUUCACUGUAAAACAUUCAGGGGUCCUACCAUUUCUGUUCAGGAAAUCUUGUAGUUUAUUGUUAUUUAACAGUAUUAAGUGAAUUUUUGUAUAUUUCAUUUUAACUUUAUUUGUGAAUAGUGAUUGUGGCAUGUUUGGGGGUGUUUUAUUAAUAUUUCAUUGAUACUGGUAAAUUUGAAUUGGGAUUUUUUUUAUUUUCUGGAAGAGAGAAAUUCAUGUGUAAUGGUGACUAUUGGACCACUACUGCUUUUCAGCAUUUGUAAACCGGUUUUACGUUAAAUCUUGUAGACCUAACAAACUGCUGUUAUUUCUAACUGACCGACCUGUAUUAAUAUUGUACUUUUGAAAGUAUAAAUAUUAUGUGGAGUUCUUUGGUUUUGUUUUGCAAUUUAUAAUAACAAAGGCCCUGUGUUGUUAAAAAUACAGACUAAGUGAACUUGC